GUUUGCCACUGGUGCAGAAAUGGGCGAGUACGGAGUUGCGCCAGGCCAGCGUGUGGCCAUCAUCUGGGACAGCUCCUCGCCGACUGAAGCCCUGAAGGAUUUGGUGGAUAAAAUUCAGGUGCUGGUGGGAGCUGAUAAUCGUGUCUCUGUGGAAAACAUUAACCAGCUGUCUCAGUCGGCUCACAGGGAGUCCAGUUUCGAUGUAAUUCUCUCUGGUGUGGUACCGGGUAGUACAGUGCAGCACAGUGCGGAGGUGCUGGCAGAAAUAGCUCGGAUACUUAAGCCGGGGGGGCGUGUCCUCCUGAAAGAACCAGUGGUUACAGAAUCAGGAAACAACAGCACAAUCAAGAUGGCAGCCAAACUCCCCACAGCUCUGACUCUUUCUGGGUUGGUGGAAGUGAAGGAGCUGCAAAAGGAAGCAUUGACUCUGGAGGAGGCCCAGUCGGUCCGAGAGCAUUUGGGUUACCAAGGCAAUGACCUUCUCAUUGUUCAGAUAGAAGGCAGGAAGCCCAAUUUUGAAGUGGGGUCCUCAAGUCAGCUCAAACUUUCCUUUGCCAAGAAACCUGGUCCUUCAGGAAAACCCUCUGUGGACCCAGCCGCUGCCAAGCUGUGGACACUCUCUGCCAAUGAUAUGAAUGAUGAAGAGAUGGAUCUUUUGGACUCCGAUGAGCUGUUGGAUUCAGAGGAUUUGAAAAAGCCAGAUCCAUCAUCCCUCAGAGCUCCAUCCUGCAAAGAAAUGGGCAAAAAGAAAGCCUGCAAGAACUGCACAUGUGGUCUGGCUGAAGAGCUGGAACAGGAGAAGAGCUCACAGCCCAAAUCUGCCUGUGGAAAUUGCUACCUGGGGGAUGCGUUCCGCUGUGCUAGCUGCCCUUACCUGGGGAUGCCUGCCUUCAAGCCUGGGGAGAAGAUUCUCCUGAAAGAGAACCAGCUGCAUGAUGCCUAACAAAGAUGUCUGUGGACGUUCUGCAAAGGCCUACUCUGCUUUUCCAUCAGUCUGAGGUUCUUCCUGCAGUCGUCCUCAUCCUCUCAAACU